AUGCGAGCUUUGCUGCCUAGUCUGCUGGCGAUCCUACCCUACUGUUCAGCCCAGUAUGCCGACUUCUCCAUCCCUUCGACAUACACCAACUGGGACAAUGAGGGCUGGGAAUUGAGCACAGAUCGCCUGAUUCAGGGUCAAUAUCAGUCUCGUGCGCCAAUGGGUAAUGGGUACAUAGGCUGUGCCCUCGCAGCUGCAGGCCCCUUCUUCGAGGCAGAUGUCAACUUGACCGACCCUCACGGCGGUAACCUACCGAUUAACGGAUGGCCUUUAGACAACCCUAGACAAACCUUCUGUACUGUUUCAGGCUUCUUCAACUCUCAGAAGAACACCACUAGAACCAAUUUCCCUGAACUGCUUUUGAAAGGUGGAGAAAGUGUGAUUGCUGGUAUUCCCAACUGGCCAAAUCUCAUCCUUCAGGUCGAAGGUGCCACUUUGAAUGCAUCUGUGAACAACGCUACGAUUUCCGACUUCAAAUCCACGAGAUCGCUAAAGAAUGGUCUCCAGACAUGGAGCUACACCUGGACUCCGAGCCCAAACACCAGUUUGUCUGUCUCUUAUGAGAUGUUCAUGGAUCGCUCUCAGCCGAACGUAGCUGCAGUCAGACUCUCGGUGAACUCCUCCUCUUCGAUCAAUGCUACCAUCACAGAUUUGAUUGAUGGAAGAGGUGCCGUUCGUUCUGAUCCUCAUUCCACAGGUAUGUUGGACAACUCUAGUACAAUAUACUCUGCGGUAUCGCCACACUGGUUGGGGAACAUCACUGCUUGGAUUUUCUCGACGGUGGAAGGACCAGAUGUGAGUGUUGCAUCUCGUGCAAACGCCUCAUCCAGCUUCUACCUCCCAUCAAACGACAGCACCAUUGGACAAUCCUGGAAUGUUGCAUUGAAUGCUGGUUCAACCUUCACCAUCUCGAAGUACGUCGGAAUUGCAUCUUCUGAUGGGUUCAGUGAUCCACAGUCUGUUGCUCAAGAUGCAUCUCUGCAGGCUUCCAAGACUGGCUUCGAUGAGUUAUUUAAAGGUAGCUCGCAAGCCUGGGCCGAGAUUUUGACAGACGACAUGGUUGACGAUUACACUCUCCCCGAUGGUUCUCUCCCACAAGAUCAGAACGUGAUCGACAUGCAGAUUAUCUCGAAGGCCAACGCUCACUACUUACUCCAAAAUCUUCUGCCUGAAGAUGGAAGUGAUUUGAACCACUGGUCCAUCAGCGUGGGUGGGCUCGGAUCAGACUCCUAUGCUGGAUUGGUCUUCUGGGAUGCAGACAUUUUCAUGUCGCCAGGAGUGUCUGUCUCGCAUCCUAAAUAUGCAGCUCAAAUUCCCAAAUACCGCGUCAUGUUGUCACCACAAGCAGCAAUCAACGCUCGCGAGAACGACUUCUCCACCGAGGCUAUAAUAUAUCCUUGGACAAGUGGUCGUUAUGGUAAUUGCACUGGCACCGGGCCUUGUGUUGAUUACCAAUACCACAUAAACAGUGACAUCUUCCUCAACAAUCUGCUAUAUUGGAGAGUCACUGGAGAUGACAGCUGGUUUAAAGGUCAAGCUAUUCCGGUCAACGACGCGAUCGUACAGAUGUUCUCCGAAUUGGUUCAUUACAAUCAGACUGUUAACGGAUACUCAAUUUCCAAUCUUACCGAUCCAGAUGAGUACGCAAACCAGGUUCCCGAUGGUGCUUUCACGCUUGCAUCUGUUGCCAAGAUCAUUGAGUGGACUCAAGGAUACUCCGAAGAGUUCUCAGUGGAUGUCGAAGCCAACUGGUCAUCGAUCGCAGCGAACGUUGCCCUGCCGUUUGCGCCGUCUGGAAUCUUGACGGAAUUCCGUGGCGCGAACAACACUGCAGUAAUAAAGCAAGAUGAUGUUGAUUUGAUCAAUUAUCCCCUGGAUUACAGCUCUGCAAACUAUACCAGGGAGGACAAGCUCACUUCAUUGGACUAUUACGCCGUCAAGCAAUCUCCAGAUGGACCUGCAAUGACUUACAGUCUCUACUCAAUUUCCGCCAAUGCACUGUCUCCGUCUGGUUGUUCAUCCUUUACAUACGCGCUGAACGGAUUCAAAGCUUAUACCCGCGCGCCUUGGUAUCAGUUCUCGGAACAGCAGGUCGACAACUUCACGCUCAAUGGCGGUACGAACCCAGCAUUCCCUUUCAUGACAGGAGCUGGUGGCUGGCAUCAGGUCGGUCCAAUGGGAUGGCUCGGUGCUCGAGUGGUGGAAGAUCAACUUAUCCUCCAACCAGCUCUACCUCCUCAGAUCCCCUACGUCAGCCUCCGCACAGUCAUCUUCGGCGGAGCAGGAAUCAAGGCUACCAUGAACUACACUCAUACCAAUCUUACCCGCAUGGACGUGUCCACCUAUCUGCCAGCAAACAGUAGCGACAUCUAUGCUAAUCAAUCAAUGCCAAUCACCAUUGGUUUCUCCAUCGAGGAAGGCCGUAACAUCAGCAUAGCAGUUGGACAGACGAUAACGAUCGAGAAUCGUGUAUACUUCGACAACAUUACCACGGCAGGAAACAUCGUCCAAUGCUUACCGGUCACUUCUGAAGCAGAUUAUCAACCGGGUCAAUUCCCUCUUGCAGCUGUUGACGGAGCGGCUAGUACUCGCUGGCAACCAAAGACCCGUCAGCCUGCAUCUCUGACAGUCGAUAUGCAGAACGUAGACUACCAGCCAUUGACGGGCGUCUCGUUUGAUUGGGGUAGCCGUCCACCGACAGCAGCUCGUGUCCUUGUUUACAACUCUACAAGCGGAUCGAAUGACAGUUCUACUAACAUCCGAACUGCAGCCUUCUCUGACAUUUCCAUCUCGAUGCCGUAUAAUGCUGCUACCAAUGACGUCGUCCAGGAGUAUACAGGUAAUAUGUCUUAUUUCAGGUUCUCGAGCCCCAUUUGGUCAGGCCAAUAUGUCACACUCGAGAUUAGCGGCUGUCAAGCAACGGGCGACGAGUUGGGCGCAACAGUGGCCGAGUUCAAUCUGUUUGGCGCUGAUGGUGCAAGCGUGGUCGGAAGUGGUGCUGGUGUCAAUGGAACAUCAACCAAUGCGACCACGAGCAUUGUAACGCCGAGUACAACGCGAGGAUCAGUAAGCUCUCUGGCAACUGCAUCGAUUACGGCAACGCGGACACCAAGCUCCCCGUCUCUUCUUGCAUCGAACAUGGGCUUCAAAUCUGUCAGUACGUCGAGGCUCUGGUGGGUGUUCACCAGUGUCGUGAUAGUGGUGGCCUUGCUGUAA